UCUUGAACUAUUGGGGACAUUCAAGGUUUACCACAUCGGUAGUAUGUUUUUGUAAAGGAGCAACAUUUUUCUGUUUAUCUGAAGGAUACCCAAAAAUUUAAACAAUAUAAACUAAACAAAAAGUGUUCUGAACCAUUGUAUUCAGAUGGUGUAAGUCGUAGUUAUUUCAUAACAGUCUUGCUGUGGUGUUAGGGUUUAUCACUACAACUACAGAAACUUAUCAGAAUGGGUACGUGUAACUCAAGACCGGAAAACGAAACAAUUGAAGACACUGUAACUAACCUUAUAAUUAGAAUUGACGAAGAAGAAGGAAAAGUACACUAUUACGUUAAACGUCAAAUUUCUGAGGCUCUGUUCCUUUAUUCGACGAAACUAGAAAACAACUACAGCGAAAGGAAUGAUCGAAUAAAGGAUCUUAUUUUGCAAGCAAAGCGCAAACUCCAUAGUCUGGAAACAUCACGAUAUGGAAGCUUCCAUUAUAAAAUCACAGCUGAUGAAGAAGUCGUAAAAAUAAAAAAGUACUUUAAAAAUAUACAAAAGCGAAUGGAACUUAAUCAAAUAAAUCAAGACGAGUACGAAGAUAUUUUAAAUACUGUAGCUGCUUAUGCCCAGAAGCUUAAUGUAUGCCAUAAAGCGUUGAUGUGUCGUCAAGACAAGGAAGAUCUAGCGGUUUUAAUAACGAAUUUGUUUAUACGUUCUCCAACGAUAACAAUUUCGAGGGUGUUGGCAAAAAUUUUGGAAAAUUUGGAAGCAGUUUUGAGCGAUUUUGACAGAAUUAAUAUGGAAGAAGCAAGUGGGUGUAAUGAAAACGCCAAAGUGUUGAAAGAAAUUGUAGAAAAAGUUGAAAGUAUUAAGAAGAAAUUAAAAAAAUGUUGAACGGAUUAAUUUCGCAAGAAAACUAUUGUAGUUGUAGUACUGUAGCUAAAACAUACUGUAGGUCGACCAGACUUGUUACUUUUUCAGCGGCACUAGUCGGCCCAAGGCUUAAAAUUGAGGCACGCCACCCCCAGGGGAUAUCGGCAAAAUUCCGGACCGUCACCGUUACCCGGAGUUUCGUCGCAGCAUAGAUUUUUAUCUUAAGGUAUUGUUUGAGUAGAUUACCUUUGAUUCACAAUAGAGCUAAGAGAUAGCGAUUAUUCAUUAAACUUUAUCUCACUUAUCACUGCGUUGUAGAUUAUUACCUAGAAUAACAACGAGCAAAAAAUUCUUAUAAAAUGUAUCAUUCAUAUCAGUUGUUUUUGUCGAUUUUGUAUUAGGAAAUACAUAUUAAUCUGCAUUUAUAUCUUUGAUAAAUUUCUACAUCCGUGAAAACAGUGAGUUUAUAAACACGUAUUAUUUUCCCGUGUUUAGUUGCCAUUUGCUUAAGCCAUAAUGGCAGAGAUAAAGCCCUUACAUUUAACCGAAGAAAAUAAACAAGACAUCAUCAAACAGGUAUGUCGUUUGUGUGAAGAAAAUACGGCUUUGCAAGAAGAAUUAACUGUGAUUCAAGAAAAGUUAGAAGCCAGUGAUCACAAAGUAAAACAACUAGAAAAAGAAAAAGAGAACCUCGAAACAAAAUAUUCAGUUGAGACAUGUAAUUCAAAUUCUACCGAGCAACACACUUCAGAACAAUUAGUUGAAUGUUCACUGGAUCUUCUGCAAGAAGACGACAACCACAAUACCAACGUGCAUUCUCAACAAAGGUUCUUUCAAGAAGUGAAUCCCGAAUUCGAAAUUUCGGUCAGACUUCGUGUCUUACACAACCUUGUGAUUAAGUAUGCUUCUCAAGGACGAUACGAAGUAGCAAUUCCUCUGUGUAAAGAAACUUUGGAUAAUCUAGAAAAAACGACCGGUCAUGAUCACCCUGACGUUGCUACCAUGUUGAACAUUCUAGCUCUAGUGUACCGAGAUCAGAACAAAAACAUAGAAGCUGCAAGCUUAUUAAAGGAUGCUCUGGCUAUUCGUGAAAAGACGCUGGGCGAACAUCAUCCCGCUGUUGCGGCUACUUUGAAUAAUCUUGCGGUGUUGUAUGCUAAACGAGGAAAAUACAAAGACGCGGAACCUAUGUGUAGAAGAGCUUUGUACAUCAGGGAAAAAAUUCUUGGGGCGGAUCAUCCUGACGUGGCUAAGCAGCUUAGCAAUCUUGCGUUGCUUUGUCAGAACCAGGGUGCUUUUGAAGAGGGAGAAAAAUAUUAUCUGAGAGCACUGGAGAUUUAUAAAAAACGGUUUGGACCCAAUGAUGCUAGUGUGGUUAAGACUGUUAAAAAUUUAGCUUCGUGUUUAUUGAAGCAAAACAAACGAGUGGAUGCAGAAAAUUUGUACAAGCAAACUAUGAAUAAAGUGUAAUUUAUU